AAUACUGUAUCUCAUGCCUUUGUUUUGCCCUUUUUCCCCAUUAAUUUUCCUCUUAAAGGAAGACACAGCUCGUAGAGUAGCGAGAACCAAAAGAUCCAGAUCCCACCUUCAACCUCACGAUCUCGUUAUCUACUCCUCUUGCGUUUUCAUCUCAGUCAUUGCAACUUUGUGAAAAAAAAUGUCAAGAAGGCCAAAUACCUCUCGCCGUCUUGUAGAUGCUGGGAGCAUUCCGUUUAUCAGCGCCUUUCACCCCAAAUCACGACCAUCUCCUUUAUUGUCUAUAGGACUUGUGGUUGUGGGAGCAUUGUUGAUUAUUGGUUAUUUAUAUCACGGUUCAGGUGGAGCUGUUGAUGCUUUCAGUAGACAUGAAGGUGGUGUUUCAUGCACAUCAGAACUUCAGAGGGCAUUGCCUAUAUUACAGAAAGCCUAUGGUGACAGCAUGCAAAAAGUAUUGCACGUAGGCCCUGACGCUUGUUCAGUGGUGUCUACACUGUUAAAAAAGGAGGGUACUGAAGCAUGGGGUGUUGAACCUUACGAGUUAGAUGAAACUGAUGAAACUUGCAAGAGUCUUGUUUAUAAGGGAAUAGUGCGAGUAGCUGAUAUCAAGUUUCCUCUUCCCUAUCGUUCAAACUCAUUCUCUCUUGUCAUAGUGUCGGAUGCAGUGGAUUACUUGUCUCCAAAAUAUCUCAACAAGACUCUUCCUGAAUUGGCGAGGGUGGCAGCUGAUGGUUUGAUUGUUUUAUCUGGUUAUCCAGGUCAGCAAAGGGCUAAAGUGGCAGAACUUUCGAAAUUUGGCCGCCCGGCCAAAUUGCGAAGUUCGUCUUGGUGGGUUAGAUUUUUUACUCAAUCCAGCUUAGAAGAGAAUGAAGUUGCAAUCAAGAAGUUUGAACAAGCGGCAAGCAAGAGGUCUUAUCAGCCAGCUUGCCAAAUUUUCCACCUCAAACCACUCCAUUGAAAAAUACUUAUCUUGUUCCAAACAGGUCAAAGGGGAAAAAAAGGAGGAAUUCCACUUUGGAAAAGAAAAGGGCAGUUCCAAACGAAGGACCCUGGGACAAGCUUCCCGGUGUCCAAGCGUCAAGUCCCGAGGGGCCUAAAAUAAAUAGGCUUACUUUUUCUCACUUGAAAUCAUAAUUACAAGAAUCUAGAUUUGAGUGAAUCUAGGUUUGAGUAUCGUGUCCUAAGAAAAAAAUGAAUGCAUCCCACAGUAGGAGCUUUCAAUCAAUUAGUAUUGCUUGUGCUUGCAGCACACAACUGAUUUUUUUCUUACAAUCAAUGGUUGAGUUAUUGCGUAAACACGAAACACAGUAAUGUUUGAUUCA